AUGGUUAAAUCGAGUUCACUGCUCCUUGUGCUAUACGUUUCCUUAGUCUUCUGUUCUGGCACCGCGAGUCGUUCAAAGUUGGGCACAGUGCCCGGUCUUCUCCCUCGCGAAGAAACAUGUGCUAGGAAAGGUUUUCAGCAGUGUGGAAAUCCGAAUGUUCCCAAAAACUUCUGUUGUGCAGAAAACGCGGACUGUCUGGUCAUAGACAACGCAAGCACCGUUGUUUGCUGUCCGAAGGGAGCUGAUUGCAAGACCAUCCGGCCAAUAACGUGUGAUGUUCAACUCCAAAAUGUUGCAGUAGAUCCGGGCAGUUCCAUUAAAACCACAAAAUUGACCGAAGACCUAGCAAAAUGUGGAAAUAUGUGUUGUCCGCAUGGGUACGCCUGCCAGGAUGGGAGCUGUGUGCUCGUUAAUCCCUCGUCAGACCCUCUUCCUUCAGCUUCAAUAUCAAUUUCUCCAACAACGGCCCCAUCCCCUACAUCUACACCUACCUCCACAUCGACCGCGGCGCCAGCAACAGCCCCAGCCGCGGAGCAACAGUGCAACAAAUUCCCCCCUGGUGCCGUGGCAGCAGGGUUCUUCCCAGGACUUGCCUGUGGAAUCCUAGUUUGCGUUAUAUUCAGCUGUUUAAGAAGAAAACACCCUAAUCCCCCUCAAAAUCUCCAUCCAGAUGCCUGCCAUUUUCGACAAAAGUCUGUGGAUGGCACUGUGAUCUCGAUAUCGGACCCUAUGCCUUCUAGCGCUCAAGAUUCCUUUAGAACAGAUUUCCUGCGGCAACAGGCAAGCUACUACGAACAAGACAGGAGUGACAAUCGUCGAUCACGGAUUCAGCGCACAAGUGACCGAGUGAAGAGCCUCUUUGCACCAAAAUUCUCUGUGAUAACAGACCCACCGCCUGCAGACAUCCCGCCAAUGCCAAUGACUCCACAAAAUAAAGCGUAUCCGCAGCGGUUGUCGAGUACGGAAAGCAUCAAGGUGUAUAGCCCUGUGUAUCUUGGUGAAGAGAACAGGUUGAAACCUCCAAUUGGCUUAACGGCGUCCGGGCGGCCACCAACCACUUUUACCGAGAUGAUGGAGCGAGUUGGGUUCCAAAAUGGUAGAGGGAGUCCAUUUUAUCCUGUCUCGGACACUCCACCGCCCCCGAUUUCGAAAACUUCCGCUGGCAGUCCCCUAAAGCAGAUAUAG